AUGGUGCAGGAUCCUGAUCAGAGGAAUAAAGGGAUAGAGCGCACCGAGGCUUGGAACAUCCGAGUGAGUUGGAACUCCAGCGGCAGGGAAAAGAAAGCUGGUCCUGAGGCUUCUUAUACACCCCGUAGUGCCUGUGUCCUUUUUGCUUGUUCACAAGUAUUUAUUGGGCAAUUCUUGUGUGCCAGGCACCCUACUGGUUGCCGUACUGGUUGCCGAGGAUUUAAAGUCCAGCCCUGGGGAGCCCCUGUGGAAGUGGAGUCCUUCCUGGUCCACCCUGGUGACCUGCUGCAGCUUCGCUGUCGGCUGCGGGACGAUGUCCAGAGCAUCAACUGGCUGCGGGACGGGGUGCAGCUGGUGGAAAGCAACCGUACCCGCAUCACAGGGGAGGAGGUGGAGGUGCGGGACUCCGUGCCUGCUGACUCCGGCCUCUACGCUUGCGUGACCAGCAGCCCCUCGGGCAGCGACACCACCUACUUCUCCGUCAACGUCUCAGAUGCUCUCCCCUCCUCGGAGGACGACGAUGAUGAUGAUGACUCCUCUUCAGAGGAGAAAGAGACAGAUAACACCAAACCAAACCGUAUGCCCGUGGCUCCAUACUGGACAUCCCCAGAAAAGAUGGAAAAGAAAUUGCACGCAGUGCCAGCUGCCAAGACUGUGAAGUUCAAAUGCCCUUCCAGUGGGACUCCCAACCCCACACUGCGCUGGCUGAAAAAUGGCAAAGAAUUCAAACCUGACCACAGGAUUGGAGGCUACAAGGUCCGUUAUGCCACCUGGAGCAUCAUAAUGGAUUCCGUGGUGCCUUCGGAUAAGGGCAACUACACCUGCAUCGUGGAGAACGAAUAUGGCAGCAUUAACCACACCUACCAGCUCGACGUUGUGGAGCGGUCCCCUCACCGGCCCAUCCUGCAGGCAGGGUUGCCUGCCAACAAGACCGUGGCCCUGGGCAGCAAUGUGGAGUUCAUGUGUAAGGUGUACAGUGACCCACAGCCCCAUAUCCAGUGGCUAAAGCACAUCGAGGUGAAUGGGAGUAAGAUUGGUCCAGACAACCUGCCGUAUGUCCAGAUCUUGAAGACUGCCGGAGUUAAUACCACCGACAAAGAGAUGGAAGUGCUCCACUUAAGGAAUGUCUCCUUUGAGGACGCGGGGGAGUAUACGUGCUUGGCGGGUAACUCUAUCGGACUCUCCCAUCACUCUGCAUGGUUGACCGUUUUGGAAGCCCUGGAAGAGAGGCCAGCAGUGAUGACCUCGCCCCUGUACCUGGAGAUCAUCAUCUAUUGCACGGGGGCCUUCCUCAUUUCCUGCAUGGUGGGGUCUGUCAUCAUCUACAAGAUGAAGAGUGGUACCAAGAAGAGCGACUUCCACAGCCAGAUGGCCGUGCACAAGCUAGCCAAGAGCAUCCCUCUGCGCAGACAGGUGUCGGCGGAUUCCAGUGCAUCCAUGAACUCUGGGGUUCUGCUCGUUCGGCCCUCACGUCUCUCCUCUAGUGGAACCCCCAUGCUGGCCGGGGUCUCUGAAUACGAGCUUCCUGAAGACCCUCGCUGGGAGCUGCCUCGAGACAGGCUGGUUUUAGGCAAACCCCUGGGAGAGGGCUGCUUUGGGCAGGUGGUGUUGGCGGAGGCCAUUGGGCUGGACAAGGACAAACCCAACCGUGUGACCAAAGUGGCUGUGAAGAUGUUGAAGGCGGACGCGACAGAGAAAGACCUGUCAGACCUGAUCUCAGAAAUGGAGAUGAUGAAGAUGAUCGGGAAGCACAAGAACAUCAUCAACCUGCUGGGGGCCUGCACACAGGACGGUCCUUUGUACGUCAUCGUGGAGUACGCCUCCAAAGGCAACCUACGGGAGUACCUGCAGGCCCGGAGGCCUCCUGGGCUGGAGUACUGUUACAACCCCAGCCACAGCCCAGAGGAGCAACUCUCCUCCAAGGACCUGGUGUCCUGCGCCUAUCAGGUGGCUCGGGGCAUGGAGUAUCUCGCCUCCAAGAAGUGCAUACACCGAGACCUGGCCGCCAGGAACGUGCUGGUGACAGAGGACAACGUGAUGAAGAUCGCAGACUUCGGCCUCGCGCGGGACAUUCACCACAUCGACUACUAUAAAAAGACAACCAACGGCCGGCUGCCUGUGAAGUGGAUGGCCCCCGAGGCCUUGUUUGACCGGAUCUACACCCACCAGAGCGACGUCUGGUCUUUUGGGGUGCUCCUGUGGGAAAUCUUCACCCUGGGAGGCUCCCCAUAUCCCGGCGUGCCUGUGGAGGAGCUUUUCAAGCUGCUGAAGGAGGGUCAUCGGAUGGACAAACCCAGUAACUGCACCAAUGAGCUAUACAUGAUGAUGCGGGAUUGCUGGCAUGCAGUACCCUCUCAGAGACCUACCUUCAAGCAGCUGGUGGAAGACCUGGACCGCAUUGUGGCCUUGACCUCCAACCAGGAGUACCUGGACCUGUCCGUGCCCCUGGACCAGUACUCUCCGAGCUUUCCCGACACCCGAAGCUCAACCUGCUCCUCGGGGGAGGAUUCGGUCUUCUCUCAUGAGCCGUUGCCCGAGGAGCCCUGUCUGCCCCGACACCCAGCCCAGCUUGCCAAUGGCGGACUCAAACGACGCUGACUAGCACCCCCACCCCCCUGCCCAGACUCCAUCAUCCGCUGUGUCCCUCACCCCCCAACCCUCCCUGCGGGACUCACUGCCUGCCCCUUUGCCCCUUUCGUGCCGGCAGGAGCUAGCUGCCUACCUGAGGCCUUUACCCCACGGAGUUCACCUCUCUUCCUCCUCCUCCUCCUCACAACCUGCUUGUGUGAGAGAGGAGCAGAGAGGCAGGUACUUGCUCAUGGCCACUUCGUCCCCUCCCCCUUGUUGGACCAAGACCCCUCCCCGCCACUUGCCACUUCAGAGCAGUGCCUGGAGGGCUGGGGAGUGGGAGAUGAGCAGGCAUGCGGGCGAGAGCUGACCGAGCUUUCCUGUGUUGGUUUUGUCUGCUUCGCGGACCCCUAAGCCUGAGCUCUGGGGGCGGGGGCCUCGUCCUCAGGGCUGCAGCCGUAGCCGGGGGAGGUCGAGUGCUCUGGGCCUUGGCUGAGGGCAGCCUCUGCCCCAGAUAGAUGGUGCCAGUGGCUUAUUAAUUCCGAUACUAAUUUGCUUUGCUGACCAAAUACCUGGUACCAGAGGCUGGGGAGGCAAAGGCUGGGAGCAGAGUCGUGGCCCUGGGGCUCAGCCCCAAACUGGGGGCUUUGUACAUAGCUAUGAAGAAAACACAAAGUGUAUAAAUCUGAGUAUAUAUUUACAUGUCUUUUUAAAAGGGUCGUUACCAGAGAUUAACCCACUGGGUAAGAUGCUCCUGGUGGCUGGGAGGCAUCAGUUGCUAUAUAUUAAAAACAAAGAAAAAAGAAAAAAAAAAGGAAAAUGUUUUUAAAAAGGUCAUAUAUUUUUUGCUACUUUUGCUGUUUUAUUUUUUUAAAUUAUGUUCUAAACCUAUUUUCAGUUUAGGUCCCUCAAUAAAAAUUGCUGCUGCUUCAUUUUUA